UGCGUGGGCUUCAAGAGGACGGCACGCCCCCGCCACCGCCUCCUCCGCUGCCGCGCCCGGAGGUCGGAGUGUUGUCACUUCCGCCGGGAUGUCUCACUGCGUCCGGGUCAGCUGCUGCCGCCGCCGCCGCGCCGCUGCGGCCGGGGAAUUGGGCCGGGGUCUCCACCGCAGACCGAGGGGAGCGGGCUCCGCUCGGCACCGCUUUUUGCGACCUGGCCGUCAGCCCCACGUCGCCGGCCUGGAGGGGCGAGGAGGACGAGGGGGCCAAGGCUUCCUCCGGGGACAUUGGCCCUCUGGAUUAUCAAGAGUUUGUAGUUGACAUUGAAUCCAGGCUGAGGAUGGAAGGUGUGGAACUUAAAGAAGAAUGGCAAGAUGAAGAUUUUCCAAUACCUUUACCAGAAGAUGAUAGUAUUGAAGCAGAUAUACUAGCUAUAACUGGACCAGAGAACCAGCCAGGUUCCCUAGAAGUUAAUGAAAAUAAAGUGAGAAAGAAACUAAUGGCUCCAGACAUUAGCCUGACACUGGAUCCUAGCGAUGGCUCUGUAUUGUCAGAUGAUUUGGAUGAAAGUGGGGCAAUUGACUUAGAUGACGUAGACACGCCAUCUGAGAAUAGUAACGAGUUUGAGUGGGAAGAUGAUCUUCCAAAACCCAAGACUACUGAAGUGAUUAGGAAAGGCUCAAUUACCGAAUAUACAGCAGCAGAGGAAAAAGAAGAUGGACGACGCUGGCGUAUGUUCAGGAUUGGAGAACAGGACCACAGGGUUGACAUGAAAGCAAUUGAACCCUAUAAAAAAGUUAUCAGCCAUGGGGGAUAUUAUGGGGAUGGAUUAAAUGCCAUUGUUGUGUUUGCUGUCUGUUUCAUGCCUGAAAGUAGCCAACCUAACUAUAGAUACCUGAUGGACAAUCUCUUUAAAUACGUUAUUGGCACUUUGGAGCUAUUAGUAGCAGAGAACUACAUGAUAGUUUAUUUAAACGGUGCAACAACUCGAAGAAAAAUGCCCAGUCUGGGGUGGCUCAGGAAAUGUUAUCAGCAAAUCGAUAGAAGGUUACGGAAAAAUCUAAAAUCCCUAAUCAUUGUCCAUCCUUCUUGGUUUAUCAGAACACUUCUGGCUGUUACAAGACCAUUUAUUAGCUCAAAAUUCAGCCAAAAAAUUAGAUACGUCUUUAAUUUGGCAGAACUAGCAGAACUUGUCCCCAUGGAAUACGUUGGCAUACCAGAAUGCAUAAAACAAGUUGAUCAAGAGCUUAAUGGAAAGCAAGAUGAACCGAAAAAUGAACAGUAAGUUUGGCAUCUAGUCCAAACAAGACUGAAGAAUGUGCUGAUGAAGCAGUGCUGUUUUUGCAUUCAUAAUGCAUUUAUUGGCCCAUAUUUUUAUGUAACCUGUUACAAGAUUGACUUGACUUUUCUUAAUGGACUUUUGUAUUAUGCAAGGGACUGUUCACUGCUGUACUGGUUUGCAAAUCUCUUGAAUUUAGCUCUUUAAUAGCUAACUGUAUUAUCAUUUUAUAUUUUAUAUUGCUAAAUAGCAGAGAACCACACUUUAUAUACAACAAUUUUUGCAUUUGUUUAUUGAAUGACACAUCAUCUUCGGUGAAAUAUUUAUAUGCAUAAAAGGCAAAGGAAAGAAA